AUGUUUAAGCUGUGUCUACAUAAAGCUGUCACACCGGUUUUGUUGAAGUUGACACCGGGGGUGACAGCACCGAGGCUGCCGGGGAUAGGGCGCCUCACGCCGGGGAUGGGGCUCCUCACGCCGGGGAUGGAGCUCCACACGCCGGCUCGCCUGAUGGGAACACACGGGAGAAACGAGCCGAGGGAGCCGCUGAACUCUCCGCUCAUCGCCAAAGACUUCAUCUACCGGCUGCAGCCCAAAGAGAGGGCGUGUUUACUGAAGGAGCUGCAGAGUUUCGAGUCCAUUGCCAUCGCUCAAGAAAUCAAAGAGUUUCUCAUUGUGUGUGUUUGUUGUGUUGCAGCGGCGGCUCUGGGGAACCUGGUCUCAGAUCUGGCAGGUCUCGGUCUUGCAGGUUACGUAGAAGCUCUGGCCUCCAGACUGGGGAUGCAGGUUCCAGAUCUGACGCCCAAGCAGGCGGACAUGUGGCAGAGCAGGGUCAGCUCCCACAUGGGUAAGGCCAUCGGAGUGUCCAUCGGCUGUAUUUUGGGGAUGUUCCCGCUCUUAUUCCUGAGCGACGACGACGACAAGGAGAAAGAAAAUAAAGACGAGUCGGCGGCAGCAGCGGCGGCGUCGCUCUCAUCCUAA